UCCUUGUAGUAGUCGUGAAUCAUCACGCUUUCAACACUCCGUUUGUGCAAGUCCUAAAGACGCCCUCUUUGCGGAAACCCAUUAAAAAUGCCAGAAAUAGCCGAAGUCGCCAGAGUCGCGCACUUCCUGCGCCUGCACCUUGUCGGCAAGAAAGUCGUCAAGGUCUCCGCGCAGGAUGAUGCCAAUGUUUUUGGAAAAGUCGGGACAACCGGCGAGGCAGUGGUUGCUGCUCUGAAAAACAGAAAGGUAGUUUCUGUAGGGACUCAAGGAAAAUACUUCUGGUUCGUCAUGGACAAGGCGCCGCAUCUCGUGAUGCACCUCGGCAUGACAGGAUGGUUUCACAUCCGCGGCGCCCGCACCGCCUACACAAACUACUACAAGAAGCAAAACCCAGACGAGGCAGAUCAGUGGCCGCCCAAGUACUGGCGCUUCCACCUCGAGGUCCAGGACGGCACCGCAGCGGCUUUUACGGACGCGCGCCGCUUCGGCCGAGUGCGCCUGGUCGACUGCCCCGGUGCCACCAUAAGAAAACACAGCCCGCUGGUCGAGAACGGGCCGGAUCCCGUCGUGGACGCCGACGUCUUCACGGCCGAGUACCUACUAGCCAAGAUGCGCUCGCGCCGCGUCCCCGUCAAGGCGCUGCUCCUCGACCAGGCCGUCAUCUCAGGCGUGGGGAACUGGGUGGCGGACGAGGUGCUGUUCCAGGCGCGACUGCACCCGGAGCAACUGAGCCACGAGUUCUCGGACGAGCAGGUCGCCAGGCUGCACGGCACCAUCCGGGACGUCUGCGUCUUGGCGUGCGACAAGCUCGCCGACUCGGACCUGUUCCCCGACGACUGGCUGUUCAACCACCGGUGGGGCAAGGGGGCCGCCUCGAGGACCGGCGAGCAGGCCCGGCUUCCCGGUGGGGAGAGGCUCGCGUUCCUGACGGUCGGUGGGCGGACGAGCUGCUACGCACCCGAGCUGCAGAAGAAGACCGGGAGCGUGCCGUCUGGGAUCAAGGAGGAACCCCUGGUCGUGGUGGGUAAUAAGAAGCAGAAGGCGGGGAAGAUCAAGAAAGCUGAUGGUGGCAAGAAACUCAAUACGACCCAGAUCAGGGUCGAGAGUGGUGGUGGUGUCCAGGAAGAGGAAUACGAAACUACGACACCCAAGGCAAAAGCCAGAAAAAGGAAACAGGAUUUGGACGGCUCGGGGGAUGGUGCGCCCAAAAAAGCUAUCAAAAAGUCUGAGUCCAAAGUUGAGGCCGGAGCCGUGGAGGCGGGCCAACCACUACGGGCCGAUCCCGCCAUUGACGAUGGCCGGAGGAGAUCGGGGCGUUUGCUAGCCAAGACUAAUGGCUGAUGGCAUCAUCAAGCAUAAACAUCAGACGUUAGUGUUGAGCCUCUGCUAACGCGAUAAGCUCAGCUUCCAGGGGUUGUACGACCUUGUCGGUUUUUUGUUGUUGUUGUUGUAGCCAGCAUGAGCGAAGCACGUGGAAUUUACCGAAACUUGCCAAGCCCAAACUUAUAUUUCACUCGAAACGAUGUAGAAAAAUGACGUGGUUAUCAAUAAUGUUCCAUAGAAGCAAAGAUAAUUUUUUUUCAGAUUCCUACCAAUGCAAAUGAUGUUCC